AUGUUCAAACCCGAAGACUCGGUGCCACUUGCUCGACCUGUUCGAUGGAACCGAAUGAAAUACCUGCUCGCUGGCUUCAUUCUGGUCCUUUUCGGUGUCUAUCGUCUCGGUGGACCUCAAUAUGUUUCGUACCUUUGUGUUUCCCAAUCUUCUAAACAAGAUUCUAGGGAACCUGGAGAGAUUAUCUGGGAACCUUGUCCAGGUGGAUACACUGGCCUUGACUGCGGUUCUAAUUCUCCCAUUACGAUAAUAAACAGUGUACCGAAGGACUACUUCAACCCAAGUGCCGGUACAUCUACAAUAGCUUUCGCGCGCCAGAAGGCGACAUCGGCGCAAGAAAGGAUCGGGGGUCCAGGUGGAUCGGGAAUGAAUCUUCUACUUCGAGUAGGAGAAUAUAUCACCGAGCUGUUAGGCGACCAGUGGGAUUUAAUUGGCUUUGAUCCGCGCGGAAUAGGACGGUCAACUCCUGCAAUAAAAUGUUUCUCGUCGGUCCUUGAAGCCCAACUUUUUGUAGCCAACACUGUCAUCGAGCAAGGAAUCACGGUUUCAUCCAUUUCAAACCUCUCUUCUCCAAUGUUGCGCGAUCAGCUUAUUGAGCAGCAUAAGCAAUUUCUGGCUCUGAAGAAGAGCCAGGCAGAAUCCUGCGGAGAACGGAUGGGAGAUGAAUUAGCAUAUAUGGGUACGGCUACUGUUGUGAGGGAUAUGGACUUGAUGAGUAAAAUAUUUGACGGCGAGGGAUCAAAGAUCAAUUACUGGGGCGGAUCAUAUGGCUCAAUACUUGGCGCUUACCUUGUGAACAUGCUUCCUCAUCGAAUUGGCUAUUCCGUGAUUGACGGAAUCGCAGACCCCAUUGCUUGGUCCAGUGUACCAUCACACAAGUGGCCAUUCAAUUGGCUGUCUUCGGCUGAAAAAGCGUAUCAUAUGUAUCUGGAGGAUUGUUCCCGGGCUGGGCCAUCUUUGUGCCCACUCGCCAUGUAUCAAGACGAACCUUGGGAAAAUAUUGAACAGAGAUUAGAGCAAUUCUUUGACCGUUUGGCUCUAAAACCGCUUGCUACUUCAAGAUCCUCACGACCUGGGUAUCUAACAUCUGGUGCCGCACGAAGUCUUCUUCUCAUACACCUUGAGAGACCAGGAAUGUGGCCGGCCAGUGCCAAAGCCUUUGCUGAAGCCAUGUCAGGAAAUGGCACCCAGUUGUACAAUUGGAUUAUCCCUCCGUCAGGGAUAUCCCAUGAAAAUGACGUGGCUCGCUUGGCCGUUACCUGCCUUGAUUCACCGCCGUCCUUGCCGAUGAAGGAUCCACCCUCUGCUGAACAUUUGGCGGACGAAGGGCUUAAGACUUUACGUGAAGUGUCACCUCAUUUUGGUAUGAGUGUAGGUAUGGGUGAACCCGACGGCGGAUGCCAGUAUUGGCCUGCUAAGGGACCGGAGAGGUUUACCGGGCCUUGGAACGCAACACUAGAUAUACCAAUGCUUAUUAUCAGCAAUACGGCUGAUCCUGUGACGCCCAUUUCGAGCGGAUUAUUGAUUAACUCUCUGAUGCCUGAUUCGUCUGUUCUCAUUAUUCAAGAGGGACCCGGACACACAUCUACAUCUAUGGUCUCGCUUUGUACAAUGAAACUUCAACGUCGGUACAUGUCUGAAGGCAUUGGACCAGCAAACGGUACGAGGUGCGCUGUCGAUAAUCCAACCUUCCCAGAGCCAGCGUUCUGGGGGAAGAAGAUGGAGGCUUUAAGUGCGGAAGACGCCAAGUUGGUCAAGGCAGCUAUCAUGAUUGAGGCGGCUCUGUUUGAAAGCAGGACUGGAACGGGAACUUCUAAAUAA